AUGGCAACGCCGACUGAUUCCAUCGUCCCCAACCCUCAACUUAACCUUAUCAACGAUCCGUUGCAUCUCGCAAAUUCGGAUCACCCAGGUAUGACCUUAACCAGUGCACUUUUUAAUGGAUCGAACUUUCUCGGAUGGAGUAGAUCGAUUCAAAUGGCUUUGGGUGCUAAACUGAAGUUAGGGUUCAUUGACGGUUCUUGUCGAAAACCAGCAACUACAGAUCAGAAUUUGCAGAGGUGGAUAAGGUGUGAUUACAUGGUGACUUGUUGGAUUCUUAAUUCAAUGGUGACUGAAUUUUCUCAAGGCUUUUUGUUUGCCAAGUCUGCUUAUGAUUUAUGGUGUGAUGUUAAGGAGAGAUUUGGACAAAGUAAUGCUCCCUUAAUCUACCAAAUCCAGAGAGAUUUAAAUCAAAUAACACAGGGAAACCAAAAUGUGGCUACCUAUUAUUCCAAAUUGAAAAGAUGUUGGGAUGAAUUAAAUAAUCUCAAUGGGAUACCUGUGUGCAGUUGUGGACACAUGGAGAAGUGUGCAUGUGGUGUCAUGGAAAAAUUCAUGGAGUUGGAAAUGAAGAACAAGUUGAUGCAAUUUCUAAUGAGAUUGAAUGAUGAUUAUGAAUCGGUUAGGAACCAUAUCCUCUCAAUGGAUCCUUUACCUUCUAUCAAUAGAGCAUAUUAUCUGGUGCAACAGGUUGAGACACAGAAGCAAGUAACACAUUUUGUUCCAGAAUCAUCUGCUUUCUUUGCCGACACGGUGGGGAAGAGAACUCAAAGUAACCAAAGAAACAUCAAAACUAUCAAAAUAGGGGAUAAGAAAUUUUGCACUCAUUGUCGAAGCGAUGGACAUACUAUUGAUCAUUGUUUUGAGAUCAUAGGUUAUCCCGAUUGGUAUAAAGGCAGGAAGAAGAAGAACAUGGGAACUAGAGUGGCAGCUCAUGUUGAAGUUGAAGAUCAAGGUGACACACCUUUGAAUUUUGGGGUGGCAGAAGGAUCAGGAAAGGCUGGGGUCGAUCAACAUCUUGUUACUGCUGUUUGUGAACAAAUGAUGAAGAUUUUUAAAGGAAAAAAUCAUGUGGGAGAGACUUAUGAAAUGGGGAAUACUUCAAACAACUUUGCAGGUACUCCUUUUUAUAAAGCUAUUGCUCUUUCUUGCUUUAGUCACACAUAUCAAGAUUGUGAAUGGAUAGUAGAUACAGGGGCUUCAAAUCACAUGUCCCCACAUUUGUCUCUUUUUCAUUCCAUUCAACUUUUACCUCACCCUAUACCCAUAAAACUUCCUGAUGCUACCACCAAAUUAGUAAGGUACAUUGGACAUAUUUUUCUUCAACCUAACCUAGUUCUUACCAAUGUCCUUUAUGUACCUGAUUUUAAGUUUAACCUUUUAUCUGUUGGACAAAUGCUCAAAACAUCAAAUUUUACUGCUUUAUUCUUACCUAACAAAUGUGUUUUUCAGGACCCUUCUAAUGCCUCAAUAAUUGCUGAAGGAAUUUGGUCCAAUGGAUUGUACAAAUUCAAGUCUCUUGCCAAGACAAGCCCAGUUUCUGCUUCUGUUGAUGCUAAUAAGUCUAGUGGUGUAGUGUUUUCUGAAAAUUUGGCUUUGCAUUCUCAGCUUGAUUUACAUAUUUUACAUUCAAGAAUUGGUCAUUCUUCUGUUUCAAAACUCAUUCAUUUGGAUCAUUGUAAACAAUUAGUUCACAAGGAUUUCUUUUGCGAUGUUUGUUCAUUGGCUAAACAUCAUCGGUUGCCGUUUCCAAAGCAUACUACGCAAGUAUCACUUCCUUUUGAACUGGUUCAUGUUGAUUUAUGGGGGCCUUAUAGAACACUUGAUUUAUCAGGUGCAAGAUAUUUUUUCACAAUUGUGGAUGACAAAACUAGGGGCACCUGGACAUAUCUUCUUCCUAAUAAAACUCAUGUUUGUUCUACUUUUAUUUCCUUUCUCAAAUUUGUUAAAAAUCAUUUUCAUGCUAGGCCGAAACAAAUUCGAUCCGAUAAUGGUACUGAAGUAGUCAAACAUGAGUGUAGUGCUUAUUUUCUCAAAAAGGGUAUAAUACAUCAAACUAGCAUGCCCCAUACUCCUCAACAAAAUGGGGUUGUUGAGCGGAAACACCGUCAUCUUCUUGAUCUUGCUAGAGCCCUUAAGAUUCAUGCUCAUCUUCCUAAGCAUUUUUUUGGGGAGAAUGUAUUUUAA